UCCUUCCUAUAGGUAUAUAAUAGGAGCGCAUGCACUGUUUUGGAUCUUCCGAGAUAUUAAAGCCACCUCGAGGGGAAUAACUUUCCUGAUAAAUAAUUUGCUUGUGUUUACCUUCCUUCUGGCUGUCUGGGAUAGCCAAGCAUACAAACAAAUGAGUUUCCUAAGCAAUGAAUUGACAAAUUACUGUGGAAAUCCUGGUUAGUUCUUGGAGUACGCUUACUAAUUCUUGAGCUGAGCUUGCAGGCUGUGCAGCCUUUCCCAGCACACGUGAGGAGACUGCGUGAUAACGCGAUGCUGCGAUAGUGCAGGGAAGUGGGAGACGUACCCUAAAGCAUUAAUUAAAUGUUUUGAUGAAACGCUUGCAAAAACACUUCACGACGCUUCUUUAGGUAUAAAUUUGCUGCAGGAAGGCACGGCGUUGUUAGGAAGCUGUUUCAGGUGAUUGUAUCUGCAUCUCGGAGCUGUGGAAGCUCUGCCUGCAGAAACGAGGCUUGAAUGGCACCCAAGUCAAUCAGAUCUGGAUUGUAGAUAUAAUUUUCUGCAGACACACACACACACAGAGGGCUGAGAUUCAGAAGGCAAGACUUUAAAUACUCUUUCUUAAGAAUUAUGCAAGCUAUUCACUAACUUCAGAUGAAUCUUUUUUUGGCGUAUUUGUAUAGGAGCAGAAGUUUAAUUAGAUUUUUUUCCUCUCUGGAGUGUUACUGGAAUUAAUGCCCUCAAUGCUGAAAUUAAUUCUUUCUAGUAGGGUGAGCCUUUAUCUUGUAGUUGUCCAGUCCGUGCACCAUUGCAACGUAAACCUCAGUAAUUUUUGUUAAAUAACAGGUGCUGCAGAAAGACAGAUAAAAUGGUCCUGUCUGGUAAUCCUGUUUUCUGUGUAAAUCUGAACUAGGGAAGGGAUUGUCCUAGACAAGAACAAACUGGGAAGAGCUCUUGGGCUGUCUGAUCUCUUGUCUGCUUUGCAAAAAGAUCAGAUUAAUGAAUGUAAUCAGAUUAAGGCUGAACAAGGGAACGUAUCUGGGGGGCAUCGGAACUCUGAGACUGAAGAGCUGUAUGGAAAAUGAAUGCUAAGGGCCCAGCUUUGCUCUACUUAUUAGUUUAGUAGAAAGAGGCCAAUUUGCCUUGGAGUUUGCAAGCUCUGAUCAAGGCUUUCUCCUUACUUGGAAUAUUUAUAAACCUUAGUCCCAUGUGUCCUUUCUGGAUGCACCAUCUCUAUUUAUCACCAACAUCUUGUGUUUUUUUGGCUCUUGGUUGUCUUGGGCACGUCUUUGGAAGUUGCAGAGGUGAAGAGGUGUAUAUAUAGGUGAGUGGAGCAAUUGAAUGAACAGAGAACUGCAGGGAGCCAGCAGGACAAGCAUGAAUGAACGGGAAGAUAACGCUCCAUCUGCAUGGGAAAAGCAUGUGUGGGGCUUUCCGCCGAGCUCUGGAGCUGGCUUGUCGUGGAGUGAGACCAGAAAAGCUGCUGUCCCGACGUGCCCCUGCUCUCCAGGGAUUAGGAACAGCAGAGCCCAGCUGGGGCUGGCGGCAGCUCUGUGGGCACCUACCUGUUCUUGGGUUCUGCUCCUGGGCUGGCCAAAAAAGCUGUGGCUUCACUUCCAGCAGCUGUCCCCUUCUUGGGCUGAGCAGGAGGAGGAUGGCCUAUGCAGAAGAGGACAGAAAUAGCUAUGAGGUGUACAAGGAAACAGCAGACUGGUUGCGUGCCCGCACUGCUCAGUGCCCAAAGAUUGCCAUCAUCUGCGGAUCCGGGCUGGGAGACCUGGCAGAUAUGCUGGAGCACAAGAUGGUCUUUCCCUAUGAGGAUAUCCCUCACUUCCCACGGAGCACAGUGUCAGGGCACGAGGGCAGGCUGGUGUUUGGGGAGCUGAGCGGGCGGCCGUGUGUGUGCAUGCAGGGGCGCUUCCACUUCUACGAGGGAUACUCCAUCAGCACGGUCACCUUUCCCAUCAGGGUCUUCUUUCUCCUGGGGGUGGAGGUCUUGAUUGUCACCAAUGCUGCUGGGGGGCUGAACCCCAACUUUCAGGUGGGAGACAUCAUGCUCAUUAGAGAUCACAUCAGCAUGUUUGGCAUGGGAGGGCAGAACCCGCUGCGUGGACCAAACGAUGAGAGGUUCGGCGUGAGGUUCCCGUGCAUGUCUGAUGCCUAUGACCAAGAUCUGCUCAGCCUGGCCAUGGAGAGUGCCCAGGAGCUGGGCUUCCUGGGCUUCACCCGAGAUGGGGUGUACUGCAUGAUGGCAGGUCCCUGCUAUGAGACCAUCGCCGAGUGCCGCCUGCUGCAGGCCCUGGGAGCAGAUGCUGUGGGCAUGAGCACCGUGCCAGAGGUGAUCGUGGCCCGGCACUGUGGCCUGUGUGUCCUCGGGCUGUCCCUCAUCACCAACACGGCAGUGAUGAGCUAUGGCAGCCAGGAGAAAGCCAGCCACGAAGACGUUCUGCGCGUCUCAGCGGCCCAGGCCAAAGCCCUGCAGAACUUGGUUGUGCACCUCAUCGGCAAGCUUGGCCCAAAUUCCCCCUGACCUCAAGCAUUUAGCAUCCGAAUCACAGCGCAUGGAUGCUAGGAUGUGCCAAGGGAGAGCCCUUGGUGAGCUGGUCCCAGUUUGGAACCCAGUGUUUUCCAGUUUGGAACAGAUUGUUGGUUUCUCUUUCUGGUUGGGAUGGUCCCACUCUGAUGUCCCAACUGGGAGGAGAUGGUUGAGCUUUGUCUCUGUGCUUUAGCUAGUUGGAUGCUGAGGUUUGCUCUGAAUCUUGCCGCAAUGAUCCCCUUUUUGGUAGCCAGCUGCCUUGUUGGCCUAGGAAAGUCCUCUGCUGGCCUGUGGAAAGAUUGAGCUUUCCAUGAACCUAAGACACAUCAGGAGCCACCGUGCUCUCGUUAUGCUGAUGGUCUAUGAGGGAAAGGUGACUGUUCCCCAUAUCAAUGCAUUAUUCAUUAUCCCCCAAAGGUCGGACUGUGGCUGAGUGUGAAGCAGGGGCUGUAAUUACGAGGUGACUUUUUACAUUCAUUUAUCUUGGAGCUCUCCAUCGAGCCCAUGGAGUCAGAGCCAGCGCUCAGCAAUGACACGGGCUGAACCCAGCAGCCCAGCUCAUCGUGGAGAGCUUCCAAUCUGCCUUCCUAAAUUUAGUGGAUCAAUUGCACACCAGCACUCCAUGCAGGCUUCAGCCCGCUGUGACAUCCCUUUGCCUUGGGGCACAGAAGGAUGCUGUGGCUCAGUGAAUUUGUCUGUGUGUGUAUUUGGAGCCUUCUGUGUUGGUACCAAGGGAUGGAUGCUGUGUUGGGAGCGAUGCAGAUGUUGGCACCGUCAGAAUUAUAGGAUGGUUUGCGAUGGAAAGGACCCUAAAGGCCGUCUGCUCACACUGAGCAGGGACACCCACAGCUCCAUCAGCGCUCACAGCCCCGUUCCCUGACCUUGGCUGUCUGCAGGGAUGGGGCAGCACCAGCUCUCUGAGCAGCCAACUUUCCCCUCUCCCUUCUCAGACCCAUCCCAGCCUGUGCUUGUUUUGUUACAGGGCAGAGGGAGGCUGGCUAAUAUCCCCCUGCCUGGAAAAUGGUGCUUCAUGUCCAUCUAAUUAAUACUUGGUAAAUACAAAGCCUCUCGAGUGCACGCAGAAGGCAGCUGUGCGGUUGGCCGUAGCUAAGGCUGGGAUUUCAGAUGGCCUCGUUAAUUAAGCAGCAUCAGGCUGGGCUGCAGUGUGCAGGGAGGCCUCUGGGUGGGGGCCUGGGCUCCUCCAGCACCAUUGGCCCUCCCUGAGGGGUGGGUGGUGGGCUCUAAGGAUGGCUGUAGGGUGGGAUUUCAUGUAAGGCAGCUUUUAGGGUGAAGCCAUGUGCGUACGGGUUCCCAACAUCUAUCAAAUGACUCUUCUACCUUUGCCAAAUUGUUCUAUAGAAAUACUUCCUAGUCUAACCGUAGAUAGAUUAGGUUGGAAGGGACCUUAAAGAUCAUCUAGUUCCAAUCUCUGCCCAUCAGCCCGUGCUUAUGACUGCUCUAGGCCACGUCCCUCAGUGCCACAUCCCCAGGGCUCUUGGGCAUCCCUAGGGAUGGUGGCUCUUCCAGCUCCUUGCAGCCCGGUGCCUCGCUGCUCAGUCCAAGAAGAAAUUUUGCCCAACGCCAAUCUGAAAUGAGGGGGAGAUUUACUAUGAAUGAGAGGAUCCAUCUGGUUUUGAGGUGCUUUCAGCCCAGCCAUCUUUAUUGCUGAUGGGUUUCCAAAGGCACGACGGU